AUGUUUGAAGAUUUUACAUUGUUCAUUGCUCCAAAAGGCUUGAACCAACCAACGGAGACUUCACGUCAAAGAGAGCUCGCCAUCGUCAUCACUAAUGACUUAAGGACGCUUCCCGGUCACGACUCCUCUGUGUCCGGUUGGUCAGAUGCGCUUAGCAUUGCAACGUGCCUUGAAAAAGACGGUGCACACCUCUGCGGGGCCAAGCGCAAACUGAGCCGCGAAUUGGAGGUGUGGAAAACGCACGAUGGUGCCCAUCUUCUCAAGAGCGGAGACGUCACGCAUAUUAUUGAUUUCGUAGCGAGUGAGACAGUUGAAGAUUUCAAAAGCACUCCCAGGGACCGGAUUUGUGACGACGAAAUAAACAAACAAGGUCUAGCGAUGAGCUCUCCAAAUCUCGAUAUUGCUGCUGAGGAUGCGGUUGUCAGUACCCUGUUGCACGGCAUUUCAAAGUGCAAUACCACCGUUGCCUUUCUUGAAAGCUUUCGGUGAAAACCUUCCCUUGCGAGACUCAUAGAGUGUUGAAAUUCUUCGUCAACUUUGCGGAGCAUGCUGCCCUAGGUCACUUCUCGCGCGCUUUACUGGAAGCACGAUUGGGCGAAAGCAUGAGAUUCGCAAAUAUCGUGGUGUGCCACUGCUCAUCACCGUCGGUACCAUCGUCAUGGGCGUCCGGUUUCGUUUUGGGCACAUUGGAUCUGAGAUAAACUAGGAACGAUUUGCCUUCUGUGAUAUUUUGUCGGAGUAAUCGAGCUUUUGCUGAGGUUGCUUCCUGAUGAAUCAGACGUAGAUUCGUUCACUAGUACUGUGGCCAGAUCUCUUCGUGAUGAAUGCCAAACGUAAGAACGUU